CGGUCUUAUGAGGCCGCCAAUGGCUCUUGGUUCCUGCCUCUUCGAGUACACCUUUAAAAACAAAGAAAAAGAAAGCGAAGAGAAGAGGAAGUUGUAAGCAAGGAUCUAUUUGACUAUGAGAACGAAGACUCGCCUCGGGGGCCGGCCUAAACCCUGCACCUCGCCUUCCGCCACUACCAAUAGGGCACUUCCUCUAUUCCACGAUCAGCCGGAGGAUUUUAUGCAAACAAUUAUGCAUGAAAUGUCGGGUGCGUGCAACGAGGGGCUUCACGAUGAUGUAGCUGUUAAUUUGAAUGAAGAUACUGUUGAUUGUAUGGAGAUAGAUUCUUUUAAGGAGCGAACUUGUAUAAGGUGCAAUCGAGGUGGAGACGUCUUGGUUUGUCGCGAAAUUGGCUGCCCAAUUGCUCUUCACGACAAGUGCGUGUGCUUUAAGCCUAAAUUCGAUGCCUUUGGUCGCUUUUACUGUCCAUAUUGUUCCUACAAACGAACAAUGGUAGAAACUGGACAAUUUAGGAAAAAGGCUAUGUUGGCAAAGAAAGCUUUGUUGAAAUUUGUUGGUGCGAAUGCUGUAGGUGGGAAUGGGCAGAACCUGGAGGACAAUGGUGAAGCUAAGAGGAAAGAGUCCAAUGUAUCCUUACCUCAUGUGCGAAACCAAAACAGCCCUGAUCAUGAGAAAUGUGUGUGGGUGGAGGAUCUACAGGAUGACAGAUGUGAGGCACAUGAUAGGGUGAUUGAUGAACUUCACACAAAGCAUUCUAUACCCAAUUCUUGUAGUAAUGUACAUUUCAGAGAAGAAGAGAUCGUACUAGAUUUUACAGAAGAAAAAUCCAAUGAUGUGAACAUAUCUGAAGCACAUCUGUCUGAUUUUAUAGAAGACGGAGAAAGACUACAAGCAGAAGAUGCAUCACGAAUGGAUGAAAGUCGGAAUGAAGGAAGUUUUGAAGAGGAUGAAGAGCAAGCAGAGCCUUUGACUACUUGUCACUCGGAUGAGGUGAUGACUGUAGAUGAGGGACUUCAUGCAUCAAGAGAAGGAUCACAUGAUGGACUUGAGGCAUCUGCAGAGAAUAAAGGCAAAAGGGAUGGUGAACAACAAUUGCAGCCAGAAGCACCAACAUCUAGGCCAAAGCGUUUCAAACAAAGAGCUCAAAAAAAGGCACGGCCCCAGAAUGCUGGUUUACAAAAGAAAUCAUCCCCUCAUAAAUAUAUGACUCCAGAAAAAGAUUCUAGGAAACCAAAUGAGGAUGUUGCUACCUCUAAGAACAAAAAAGUUACUGCCUCCAACAAGUCAAGACAACCCAGGGAGUCGCCUAAAAAAUUCAUGAAGAUGACUUUUCCUAAUGUGAAACGAAAGAGAUUAUUCUGGACAGCUGAAGAGGAAGAUAUGUUAAAGGGGAGGAGGAGGUUAUGCGUGCUUUAUAUUCCAGAAUGCAGUAGUAUACAUGAUGUUGGGCUUGAUCUCACCUUGAACAAAAGAAUGGUGGGCACCAACCACAUCAAUGCUUGGAAUAUGCCGGGCGAGCACUUGGAACAUCCCGAGCAAGCAAUGGCGCUCUGGAAACAAUCCAAGCAGCCACUUAACCACCAGCACUCAGAAAGUCCCAAGUGAGCAAUGCAGCUUGCUUAAAAGAAAAGCAAGGCGGGCACAUAACUUGCCUGCACAUAGAGAGCCUUAGACGAGCAAUGUGCCCACUUGAGCAGCAAUCAAGGUGAGUGGCCAUGAGGCUCAUUUGGGCUGUAAAUGCAUAGCCCGAACACGCAAGGAUUAGUGAAGGGAAGCAAGGUGGGUGCUUAACCUGCCCACACUAGGAGCAUUUUGGGUGAGCAAUGAAGCUCUAUUGCUUGCCUGCAUCAUGGAAAGUAAUAAAACUCGCCCUGAGGCAUAAACCUUUCCAAUGCCGGGCUUGGCAACACGAGCCUAUGACCCAUCAUGGACUUUAGACUCCAAUAAAUUGGGGUUUGGCCCAUUGGAAGCCUAUUACCAAGGAUAAAAGGAAAGUUGACUGACAAAAGUGAUAUAAGUUAAGUAGGACUCAACUAAUCUAAAGAAGAAAGGAGACCCCUAUUAUUUACAAGGGUAGGCAUUACUUGAGUGAUGCCUUUUCAUGUGGUGGAUUUCUUGGCUAGCUGGCAAGGUGCAGCAAGAUGUCGAGGCAGUACAGCUGAGUGGAGGAUGAUUCCUUUGUGUUUGUUUUGGUGUUUAUGGUUUGAGAGAAAUGGGAGGUGUUUCAAAGAUUGUGAAUGCACAAUGGCGGAAUUUAGGGAUUUUUUCUUUAGUACUUAAAAUUUUUGGGUGAACAAUCUUGUGAGGGAUAUGGAUAUUUGUAAUGCUUUAUCUUAGUACUGUUUUGCUUUAGCCUGUACUUAGGUGUAUUCUCUUGUAUACUUCGUGUGUACUUGGACUAUGUCUAUUUACUUGCAAUAAAAUCUCUUAUUACCUAUCAAAAAAAGAAAGAGACCCCUACAAAAGGGGGGAACUGCUACAAACGAGGGGAUCAGAUAACUCUAGAAGAAAAGCUUCUCUACCAUCUUGGGGGAUUCUCUCUCCAUAACGGAGGAGUCUUCUUCAACCUCUUAGGAACCCUUAUUUCUCCAUUGUAUCGAGAACUAUGAAAGGCUUUGAGAGACUGUAAAUAACAAGAUAGUGGAUUUGUAAUGCCUCAAUGGAAAGCCCAAACCACAUGACCUAUACUCCAAAAAGAUUAGUCAAUGAUAUAAUUGGAGCCUCAUUAGAAUAUUAUAAAGAGCAAAAACUGCUCCUUCCCAAACAAUGUGGGAUCUCAUACACUACCUACCGCUAUCCUUAUCUUAUGGGGUAUCACAGGAUUUCACCCCCAAACGACUUGUAGACAUUGACUUUUAUGCUGAACCAUGUAAAUCUCUAUGUCUCUCUUUAUUUACGUUUUAUAUGCUUUAUUUUACUAUUUAUUUCAUGGAUGAGCAUGUAAGAAUCGUAUUAAUGCCCAAACCACAUUGUAGGCCAUUCAACCGUAUUGUUGGGCUCCAAUCUUGUUGGAAAAAUGCAUCAACAUAUGAGAAGACGGUGGUUUGAAAGAAAAACAAACAAAUUAAACAAAAAGGAAAUCUAAAAAAUGAAAAAGAGCACUUAGCAUUCACCUGAACCAUCCAGAACUAAAGGGAUUGCCGAAGCUUGUUUUGAGCUCUAGCAAGCUUAAAGGAGCUGUCCUGUUCAGAUACUACUUUUCUUUUCUUUUUUCUGAGUUCCAAGGAUAAAUUACUAAAACGAUUGUAGUAUUUUUGUUGAUGGGUAUAACAUUUGCAAUUUAUUUUAAUUGGGAUUAUGAUGUGACUUUUUUCCUGGCGUGGUACAGGCUGCCAUAUAAAGGAGACGUGCCUGAGUUUCAAUUUGUCUGACUUUUAAGUACUAUUAUGUUGCAGGAAGGAGUGCAGAAGUUUUCAACUUCAGCAAA